AUGUCCGCCGGAUUGGACUCAGUCAUCGCACCCGAACUCGUCAAGGCAAUGUCUGAACAAUUCACGAUGGAGUUAUCAGCAACAGUGCCGGCGGCAGUCUUUCAAGCGAGACCGGUAGUGAUAAAGCAAAUCAGUCUCGGACAUGCUCGAAGAGCACGCUGUGGGCGCUGUGGCUAUGGCUCUGUGUGCAUCAGAGGAAAAAGCACUAUGAUCGGUGCAGUGCGUGUGUUGAGUCAUCUGUCAAUGACCUGUUUGCAUUGUCAGAUAAACGUUGAGCCAAUGAUGGGAAUCGCACACUCCAGGACUAGUAUGGGUCGUUUUAGCGCAUUUGGCUUUAGCGGAACUAUUGCCCAUGGGUGCUUCACAACCAUUUCUAGCUCAAGGUCAAAGACCAACAUUCGAGGUGCCUUUUCUUUUCAUCGUUACCAACGGAGAAAUCAUGGGGAGAAGCAUGUGGACGCGAGCGAGCCAUCCACUGAAGACGACACUUCCUUUUUAGACAUGGGAGUUCACUCCAGGUGCCUUGUCUGA